AUGAGGUUCCCCGGCUUUCUACUCUUCACCUCACUGAUCCUGCCUGCUGCAUCCUCCAGAUCUCGGGAGUGGGCACAACAUGGGGCCUCAAUGUUUGCUGAUCUCACACCGCAUGAGAUGCGCAGCGUGAGAGAUUACCUUCACUCCCGUAGUGAGCUGGGCCUGAUUUCAGCACGGGACAAGAGCCUGAAGAAGAACAGCAUCCUCCUAAUGGAGCUCCACCUUCCUCGGAAACACGAGGCCCUCCGAGCACUGGACCGCGGUCAGGCAAAACCUCCAAGACAGGCACGCGUCGUGGUGCAGUUUGCAAACCAGGCCCAACCCAACGUGACAGAGUACAUCAUAGGGCCCUUGCCUUUUCCAACAUCACACAAGGUCAAGACUUUCAAGGGAGGUCGACCGGUUCGCUUUGAGUCGAGGCCUAUUACUAGCGUAGAGUAUGAACAUAUUGUGACCAUUCUGGAAGGGGUCACCACGAAGGCUCGCAAGAUUUUAGAAGAAAGCACAGGGUUCACCUUUACAGACUGCGCUGAUCGCUGCCUGACUUUCUCAGACAUUGCACCCCGUGGACUGGCACCAGGUGAGAGGCGGACAUGGAUCAUGCUGCAGAAGUUUGUGGAAGGGUACUUCAUCCAUCCAGUAGGUUUUGAGGUUCUCGUUAACCACAGAGAUCUGGAUCCUGAGAAGUGGACAGUGGAAAAGGUGUGGUACAAUGAGCAAUAUUUUGACAGCGUAGAGGAGUUGGUGGAGAAAUAUGAAAAAGGGACAAUAAACAAACUCAAGCUCCAAGAGCAUGAUGAACAAGACCUGUACUCCACCUACAUCCCCCGUGGCCACAGCAACACACGCACAGACAUCCACGGACCGAAGCUGGUAGAACCUCAGGGGAAACGGUAUAACAUGGAUGGAAACUUCGUGGAAUAUGCUGGCUGGUCCUUUGCCUACCGUGUGCGUUCCUCUGCAGGUCUCCAGAUCUUUGACUUGCGUUUUAAUGGAGAGAGAAUUGCCUAUGAGAUCAGCUUGCAGGAAGCCAUCGCCUUCUAUUCUGGAGAUACACCUGCUGCCAUGCAGACCAAAUACAUAGACGCUGGCUGGGCCAUGGGAGCCUCAGACUAUGAGUUGGCACCAGGCAUUGACUGCCCUGAAAUUGCCACUUUUGUAGACUUGUACCAUUACUAUGACACAGACAAGCCAGUGAGAUACAAGAAUGCCCUUUGCAUCUUUGAAAUGACCACAGGAAUGCCUCUUAGGAGACACUUCAACAGCAACUUCCAAGGAGGUUACAAUUUCUAUGGUGGGCUGGAAAAUCACGUGCUAGUGAUAAGGACAACAUCUACUGUCUACAAUUAUGAUUAUAUCUGGGACUUCAUCUUCUACCAAAAUGGUGUCAUGGAAUCAAGAGUCAGUGCCACAGGAUACAUCCAUGCCACGUUUUUCACAGAAAAUGGACUGCAUUAUGGUGCCAAAGUCUACAGCUAUGUUCUCGGAAAUCUACAUACUCAUCUCAUCCACUAUAAGGUUGAUUUAGAUAUAGCAGGGCGAGACAACAGCUUUGAGUCCAUUGACCUGAAAUAUGUUAAUGUGACAAACCCCUGGAGUCCUGGGCACACCAUCAGACAGUCCAAACUUCACAAGACCCAGCAUGAGACGGAACGAAGUGCUGCUUUCCGCUUUGGCAAGAAGUUCCCUCGCUAUGUGCACUUCUACAAUCCUAGUGAACGUAACAAAUGGGGACACCACAAGGGUUACCGCAUCCAGUACAAUUCACACGGCCACAGCGUACUCCCCAGGGGCUGGAGAGAGGAGAAUGGCAUUACCUGGUCAAGAUACUCCUUAGCUGUUACUCGACAUAAGGACAGUGAAUUGACUAGCAGUAGCAUCUAUACCCAGAAUGAUCCCUGGGAGCCUGUAGUGUCUUUUGAAGACUACAUUCGCAACAACGAGAACAUUGUCAACCAGGAUUUGGUUGCUUGGGUAACAGUGGGGUUCUUGCAUGUUCCACACUCUGAGGACAUUCCAAACACUGCAACACCGGGAAAUGCUGUGGGUUUCUUCUUGCGGCCCUUCAACUUUUUCAACGAGGAUCCCUCGCUCUCUUCCCGGAGUACAGUCAUUGUACGUCCAGACAAGGAGGGCUACCCCAAGGUUCAGAGAUGGACACCAGAGGUCGUAGGUCACUGUGUGUCGGACAAGCCAUUCUUCUACAAUGGCACAUAUGCUGGUGUCUAG